CGCUACAUUAUAUGACGCGACGAGCAGUCCCGAUAAAACUUCCUACCAGGCCAUGUGUAAAAACGCGGUCGAGUCACGAUAAGUGAACGUAUCUUAAUGUACCUCGAUUCGAGUUCACACCGGUCAAGGUAUUAAUUCUUUUUUCAUCGCGCGUUGAUUUUUAUAGCGUUCUCCUCCUUCUUAUUGUAUGCAACGCUCGAGGUAAACGCUACACAGCGAAUAUUGAUCGAUACCAGUCGGUACAAGACGCCGCGAUCCAACGGUUCAAGAUCACGAUCGAGUUGAGUGUGAAUGCGUGAAUACGUGGAUAAAUAUCAACGUGGAACUUUUGAAUUUGCUGUAAAAGAGCAUUGCCAUGAGAUACGUCGCGGCACUCGAUGUUGGUACCACUACGGUGCGUUUUCACAUCCUGAAUGAGAAGGCGGUCGCAGUAGCUUCUUUCAUGGAGAAGAUAGAUCUGAUAUAUCCAGAACCUGGCUUUGUGGAGAUAGAUCCUGAUCAUCUAUGGCAGAUUAUAAUAAAAGUAAUCAAGGAUACGUUGGACCAUAGCGGCAUCGACCCGAAGAAUAUUGCUUGCAUUGGAAUUUCGUCGCAACGUGCUAGUUUUAUUACUUGGAACAAAAAAACUGGGAAAUACUAUCACAAGUUUAUAAUAUGGAAGGAUCAAAGAGCAUCCGCUUUAGUCGAUGAAUGGAAUCAAUCAAUAACGAUGAAAGGUUUAAGAAUGGGAGCGAGUAUCCUGUAUACAUUAACAAGAAACAAACGAUUUCUGGCUGGCAGCGUAGUGAAAUUUAUGAAUAUGCAGGUUACUUUAAAAUUAGUGUGGGCUCUCCAGAAUAUAUCGGGUCUUCGAGAAGCUACGAAUAAUGAAGAAGUGGCGUUUGGAGGUGUGGAUUGUUGGCUCUUAUAUAAAUUAACAGGAAAACAUAUAAUGGAUGCUUCCAGUGCCUCAGCUACUGGUAUUUUCGAUCCAUUUACAAUGGAAUGGGCCAACUGGGCGUUAAAUAUGUUAAAACUGCCACGAAAUAUUUUUCCAGAAGUGGUUGAUACAGCAGACAAUUUCGGAGUUACGCCCAAAAAUAUAUUUGGCGUUGAAAUACCAAUUUGUUGCUCAAUGGCUGACCAAGCUGCAUCUUUAUUUGGUUCAGGAUGCUUUAAGCCUGGCGAUUUCAAGAUUACUAUGGGAACAGGAACUUUCGUGAAUGUUAAUACAGGACAAGAACCACACGCAUCUAUUGCUGGACUCUAUCCAGUCGUCGGUUGGCGAAUCGGCAAAGAAUUAAUAUAUGUUGCAGAAGGAUCUUCAAGCGACACUGGUAUACUAAUCGAAUGGGCUAAAUCGAUAGGAAUUAUAGACAAUAUUUCGAAAACAUCCGAUGCAGCAAACUCGGUCAGUGACUCUGAUGGAGUAUAUUUCGUCCCGGCAUUCAGCGGAUUGCAAGCACCUAUAAAUGAUUAUACAGCUGCAACUGGUUUCUUUGGAUUGAAACCCACCACAAAGAAAGAGCAUGUUAUUCGAUCUUUAUUGGAAAGUCUUGUUUUCCGAAUACGCCUACUGUACGAAUGUUUGUGCAAGGAAACUUCCUUCACGUAUCGCACAGUAAAAGUGGAUGGUGGAGUUUCCAAAAACGAUUUUGUUAUGCAAUCGUUAGCUGAUUCAAUAGGAUUGGAAGUAGAACGUCCAGCAUCUGUCGAGAUGUCCAUCUUAGGAGUAGCUUUCUUGGCUGGUUUACAAUGUGGAAUAUGGAAGAAUAGAGAAGAAUUGUUUGAACUUCGUAAAAUAGACAGGAUAUUCAAGCCAAGCGAAGAAUCGCAAUUAUAUUAUCAAUAUGCACUGAGCCAAUGGAAACGCGCAGUGGAGCGCUUUAAAAAUUGGUACUGACAAUAAUAAAAGAAAUAAUUAUUUAAUUAUUACAUGUAUAUUAGGAAUUUUUGAUAAUAUGGGCAAUUAUAUAUACAUAUAUGUGAAUUUAUACAUUUAUACCAUUUUAAUAUUGUAAAGUUUCUUGAUCAGUUGAUUAAUGUCAAAGAUUAAAAUAAUUACGUAAAAAAA